UGUUUUAGUUGCACCUUUCAAAUUUUAUUUCUCUCCUUUUUUCCUUGAAGAUCUAUAUCAAUAUACCUGUAUCGUUUUAAAUGUAGAAAGUGGAAUAAUAUAUAGCUAAACAGAUAUCAAGCAGGGUCUUAACUGCACUUUGUUGCAGGUGUGGUAUCUAAAAUAAAAAGAGUGUUUUUUCCGCUUGAACAAGGAAAGAGAAAAGAAAUAAGUUAUAGAAGAGUGUAAAAACUGUAAUUGAAGCGCAUUUAUAUUUAUCAGUUUUUGAAGUCUGCAAAAUUAUCCGAAACUGAGACCAGGAUAAUUUUAAUAAAUUUAAUUUCCGAUUUUACGAAUAUAAAAAAAAGAAUUAUAGUUUUGUUUGCGUUUUCUCGAGUAGACAUACGGAUUUUUUCCGCUUGCUUAUACGUCGAAAUCUGAACACGUCGAAAUCUGAACACGUCAAAAUCUGAACUCGUCGAAGUUGUAUCAAGAUUAUAAAGUUUUUGGAAAGUUGCAUCAGUUUACUAUUGUUGUAAAUAAUUUUGUAAUUAAUUAUAUGAGUGUGGUCGACAUACAGUACGGAAAAGUGCGAAAAACAAGUCACGAAAUGUAUACAAGAUCAAUGAUGGAUUCGUGGAAGACCAGUGAAUGAGGCAGGUGAAAGCUGUUCGCUAAUGUCAAGGAAAAGACGACUCGGACAUUAUGUCCUUCCUUCGUGGUUCCGCCAACUAUGUUUGGUGCACUACCAGUGUGCUUGGCAAGGGUGCGACCGGCGCAGUGUUCCAAGGUGUCAACAAGAAUAACGGGGAACCCGUCGCGGUCAAAACUUUCAAUCAGCUCAGUCAUAUGCGGCCGCAUGAUGUUCAAGUGAGAGAAUUUGAGGUCUUGAAAAAGGUCAAGCAUGAGAACAUUGUCAAGUUGUUGGCCAUUGAGGAGGAGCAGGAGGGCAGAGGUAAGGUGAUCGUCAUGGAACUCUGCACCGGUGGUAGUCUCUUUAACAUCCUGGAUGAUCCCGAAAACACUUAUGGUCUCGCGGAGAGCGAGUUCUUGUUAGUGCUGGAGCAUCUGUCAGCUGGUAUGAAACACUUGCGUGACAAUAAUUUAGUUCACAGAGACUUAAAACCAGGUAAUAUAAUGAAAUUCAUCGCUGACGAUGGCAGUACAAUAUACAAGCUUACUGAUUUUGGGGCUGCUCGAGAAUUGCAGGAAGAUCAGCAAUUUGUUUCUCUGUACGGCACUGAGGAAUAUCUGCAUCCAGAUAUGUAUGAGCGUGCAGUCUUGAGGAAACCUGUUGGUAAAACGUUCGGUGCGACUGUCGAUUUAUGGUCUAUAGGCGUGACCCUCUACCAUGUUGCGACAGGAAACUUGCCGUUCAGACCAUUCGGUGGACGAAGGAACAAGGAGACCAUGUUUUAUAUCACCACGAAAAAAGCGUCGGGUGUAAUAUCUGGUCUGCAAACUUCGGAGAAUGGACCGAUUGAAUGGAACAGAGAGCUGCCGCAGAGCUGCCAGUUAAGCGUGGGCUUGAAGAAGAUAGUGACUCCACUACUGGCCGGCCUGCUGGAGGUAGAUCCGCAAAGAAUCUGGAGCUUUGAUCGAUUUUUCAGCGAAGUCACUGACACACUCUGCAGAAAAUCCAUUCACAUAUUCAACGUUCACAAAGCUGGCUUGAUCAAGGUCUUUCUGCAUCCUGAAGAGAAGCUGGUCGCUCUGCAGAUACACAUUCAAGAUCAAACCGAUAUUAUGCCCCAUGCACAAAUUCUUCUUUUGGGAGAAACCCCUCUCACGAAUCUCGUCGAGGAGUCUAUGCCGGGCAAGGGAUAUCCCGCUACCAGCAACGACAAACCGUUGAUGUUGUUCUCGCGAGAAAACAACAACGUUGUCUUGCCAGUGGAGAGCGAACUGCCUAAAUUUCCCGUUUUCGCAAAUCUCGUUUCCGUGGAGAACGACGCGAGUCAAGCCAAGGUCGCGUGUUCCGUCGGUCACGUCUGUAAACGUAGAAUCGACAAACUGGCACUGUGCAGUAAAUUGUCGCGAGAUGCCAUAGAAGCGUUUAGUAGUCUGUUGUCUACGGAGCUCACUCGAGUGCUGGGAAAAUGCCAGCAUGCGAAGGAAUUCACGAAGGCCUUGGAGGACACUGUGUUCGCUAUAGAGAAGAACGAGACUUUUGCCAAGCAUGUCUUUCGAAAAUUCGGGAGUCAAACUCCGGUGGAGGUGAAAAAUUGGCGGAAAGAAUUAGACACGAAGAGCAAAGAGCUCACGACUGAGCUGACGCCAGCGAUAGUGCAACUUCAUCAAAGGUAUGUAAAGGAAGGUAGUUUACGCGGAGAAUGGGACAGUAGUACUCGAAACUUAUGGUGCCCGUGGGCCACGAAAGCAAGCCAAAGGGCAGCGACGUUAGUCGACCGUUUGAGGGAUGGAUGGCAACAUUUGCUGAGAGACAGAGCCACUCGUAAUCUUACUUACAACGACGAACAGUUUCACGUUCUUGAACGUAUAAAGGUCACGGAAACGGGACGCCGAUUGAAAGUGCUUCUCGAGACGGAAUGUGCACCGGCUAUGACGCAGCGAUCCGAGUGCGUCGCCGAUUGGUACAAAAUGGCACAAACGGUGUUCCUGCAAACUCAAAUAUUAGACAAAGACAUCGAUAUUUACGAAACUGCCUUGGAGUCAUUCUCUUAUCGUUUGUCGCAAGACAGUAAAGAGCGUUACGAGAAUCUACUGCAUUCGCUGGACAGGCUUCCGGGCAAGUCGAAAACGAUCGAAAAAACAAACGUGCCGGCCCAAGAGAGCACGAAGAAAUGGCGCAACAUCUGCGACACGCAAGAACAAGUUACGAUGUUGCUUUAUGAAAAUGGUCUGCUCAUAGAUCAGCUUGACCAUUUGUCAGCGAUUGAUAGAUUGGAAGAUAUAGGCGAUUCGGGAUAUGAACUUUAAUGUGUGCAAUUUUGUCAUUUCUCUAUCAAUUCGACGAUACUUAUGAGAUGAAGACUGAAAAUCAGGGUGUAUAUAUUAGAAGUCAGAUUAUGUGUACAGCUAUUGAUGUACAGAUUGUUAAGUAGAUAAGUAUAAGUGUAGACGCGACUUCGUACUUUUAUCCUUUUGACUAAAUAAAUCGUUAUUUUAUUUUAAAGUCAA